AUGCCACAACUCCUGACUACUCCGGAACAGUUAAUUCACGCAAACGAAUGGUGGGAGGGACCUAAAUGGUUAAAAGAAAAUGAGAAUAGCUGGCCAAAAGAGGAUGAGGAAUUAUCAAUUAACGCUCCGGAAGAACGAAAGAAAGUAGUGAUAGCAGCGGCUAUAACUGAGAGACCGAUUAUAGACUAUAAGCGAUUCUCUUCUUUCAAUAAGCUAUUAAGAGUGACAGCAUAUGUAUUAAGAUUUAGUGUAAAUGUUAAAUGUAAAACAGUGAAGCGAGAGUUAGGGCCGAUAACCAAUGUCGAAAUUAACAAGGCAAAAUGUGUGAUAGUUAAAUUAGUGCAAGCUGAAGUAUUUGAAGAAGAAAUAAAGGCGUUGAGAAAUAACGCGAUUCUUCGCACUUCAAGACUGAUUGCACUGUGUCCAUAUCUUGACGAAGAAGAAGUAUUGAGAGUAGGAGGAAGGUUAAAGCAUGCAGUACUACCUGAAGAAGUUAAACAUCUCGUCCUACUACCAGUCUCACAUUAUUUCACCUCAUUGAUAAUCUUACACUAUCACGAGAAACUGCUCCACGCGGGAGCCCAAGCGACGACGAAUUCUAUAAGGGAAGAAUUCUGGCCUAUAUUUGCUAGGAGCCGAGUUAAGGAAAUUUUACGCAAUUGUGUGAAAUGUCGGAAGGCAAGUCCCAAACCCAGUUGA